AUGAGAGUCCGUAUUGAGGAGCACUUUGAUGAGUGGCAAUGUGGAGAAUGUGAAUCUAACUCGAAACAAAAGCCAGUAACCAACUCUUUGAGGGAACAAAAGAUUGAUGAGCUUCUUUUAGAGAGCCAGAAAUUGCUUAACGAGUCGAGGAGCCGUCCGUUUCCUUGGGAAAAAAGGGUUGCGACGGGGAAAACUAAGUACCUCAGUGCUGAAGAAGCUAUGGAGCUCUCAUCAGGGCAGAAUAAGUCGUUGGCCUCUGCUAGUGUUCGACACAUGAAAAACUCAAGAAAUGAGAGGACACCUGUCAAGCCUAGGACUGUACCACGAGGUUUCUCACCAAAAGAGGGUCCUGCUUUGGGACACUUGGCACAAUCAAAUCCUCAAAGACCUGGAAAUGCGGAGGUUCACGAGAAAGGUCGGAAAAAGUUCAAGAUGCUCGCAGAAUUGCAUAGACCAGUGAGCAACGUCAACCCUUCUCAAGCCCCUACAAACAAACAGAUGAAAGAGCAAAGGCCAAGAGAAGUUCAAUCGCCUCAAGCAAAGGCGAAAAUAUUAAUGAAACCGCCCUCAUCUCGGCUACCACCACCGCCACCUCAGCCACCACCACUGCCACCUCAGCUACCUCCACCGCCACCUCAGCUACCUCCGCCACCUCCUCCACCACCACCGCCACCUCUAUUUCCUCCACCACCAUCGCCACCUCUAUUUCCUCCACCACAGUCUAAUGCCUCAAUGUAUAACAUUUCAGGCGGUACUGGUGUCACAACCAUUCAACCGAGGACUUCUAAUGCAGAGAAUGUCAAUAACAAUAUUUUGCCUGAUUUACGCGAAUGUUCAUGCUCUCCUGCUUUGGAUGCUUUGUGGAAGGGGAACUUCAGCAUAGUGGAUGAUCAUAGACAUUGCAAACUGAAUUAUCAAAUCCGAGCCCAUCCGCCUUCCAAAGUUCGACGAAAGAUCUAUGAAUUCUCGAAGAAAAUGCCUGAAGUGCUCCAGUUUGAGCUGGUUCCAAUCAAAGAACUCUGGAUCAAUUUAUUCAAGGGGUUUAUACCAGAUGAAAAGGAUAUUGGACUAUAUUUCUUUCCCAGUGCUGGAGAGAGACCUGAGGACUACGUCAUCCUACUGGAGUCCAUUAGUGCUAAAAACUUGGCAUUAAGGAAACAAAUAGCUGAUGUUGAGCUCCUUAUAUUCACCUCCAAACUAUUGCCAGUCAAUUGUCAAUGCUGGGAGGGAAAGAACUUCCUGUGGGGCAUUUUUCAUCGACUGAAAAAAGACUCGACCACUCGGCUGCAAAAUCAGGCGGGUGACAACAAAGAGGUCGACAUGGACAUCGACAUGAUCGGCGGCAUUCAUGUCGGGAUGAAGGACGUUCUCGUCCAAAGGGAACCUCUCAGAAACAGACGACUUGUCUUCAACAUGGAAUCGGCGGACCCCACACCACGGCCGGAGCCCGAUAAACCGAUAAGUUCUGUAUCGGGAUGCGGUUAUGAUCGGUGGAUGGGAGCUCGUUUGGUUGACGUGAAGAUAAAGAGUGAAGAUGAUGCUGUGCCUCCUGGAUUUGAGGAGGUGUAUAGGAUGAGAAUCGAGGGGUCGUCAGAUGGGGCCUCGGAAGGGGAGAAGAGAAAAGCUGGUGGUGGCAAUCGCCUCAGUUGUGUUCCUCGCUCGUUUGGUGGGAAGGGGAGUUCGGACAACUUGUGA